UGUCCUCGGCUCACCGCGCACCAGCGACCCCUGUAGUCUAGCCGGGCGCCUGCAGGCUUGCCUGUAAGCUGCCCAGAGCUGCGUUGUCCUCCGACGCUGUAGCUCUGAGGCGGCUGCACGGUGAGUUUGCAGUGUGUAAAGAAGCGGGCGGCUGACGGCACACGCUUCGGAGGACAGCGUGUGUUCAUCUUCGCCCCUCCCGAGUCAGCGCAGGGGUGGUAGCGGUGAGCUGAGCCUAAAAAAUAAUUGGGCUUUUCAAAUUGGGGAGAAAAUAAUAAAAACUAAUUGGCAACGACUACAUUUUUUAAAAAAUUUAAAAAAAAAAAAAAAAAAAAAAAAAAAAACUGAAAUGAAUUGAUACAUAAAUUUGAGCAUGUUUCAUACAUUUUAUCCUGCAGACUGGUGCCUCUGACGUAGGACUAGGAAUGGACCUCCAGGAGGUAGAGAGCGAGGGGCAUUUGGUAUUGUACAUUAACAGGAAGCUGCUCGUGCGAGAGUCUCAGAGACCAGGAAAUUCCACUUUCUUGGAUGAUCACGGACCCCCACUCCCUAGGGUCCUGCCAUUCCCAAGCCAGGUUGUCUAUAACCGGGUCGGAAAGUGUGGGAGUCGCACUGUCGUGCUGCUGUUGAGGAUCCUGUCUGAAAGACAGGAUUUUAAUCUGGUCGCCUCCGACAUCCAUAACAAAACCAGGCUGACCAAACACGAGCAGGCGGACCUGAUGAAAAAUAUUAGCAAUAUUCCACAGCCAUUCCUUUACACUCGGCAUGUGCACUUUCUCAACUUCACAAGGUUUGGAAUAGAACAGCCUGUGUACAUCAAUAUAAUCAGGGAUCCAAUAAACCGGUUUCUGUCCAACUACUUCUUCCGUCGGUUCGGUGAUUGGAGAGGGGAACAGAACCACAUGAUCCGAACGCCAGGAAUGAAGAAUGAGGAGCGAUAUCUGGACAUCAAUGAGUGCAUUCUUGAAAACUACCCCGAAUGCUCCAAUCCCAGGCUGUUUUACAUCAUCCCUUAUUUCUGUGGACAGCAUCCAAGGUGCAGGGAGCCAGGAGAAUGGGCUCUGGAGAGGGCCAAGCAGAACGUGCUGGAGAAUUUCCUCCUGGUGGGAAUUCUGGAGGAGCUGGAAGAUGUGCUUCUGUUACUGGAACGAUUCUUACCUCAUUUCUUCAAAGAUGUGGUCAGCAUCUACAAAAGUCCAGAAUACAGGAAGUUGGGGAACAUGACUGGGACUGUGAGAAAGCACACUCCUUCACUGGAAGCCCUCCAGGUGCUCUACCAGCGCAUGCAAUAUGAAUAUGACUUUUACUACUUCAUCAGAGAUCAGUUCCACCUGAUGAAAAAGAAAAUCGGACUGAAGUCACAAUCCCGUCCAACUCGCACUCCAGGGUUCUUGCAAGCAUCUCAACUGAAGACUGAGCAGCCGGAGGAGGAGGAGGAGGAGGAGGCGGAGGAAGAAGAGGAAGCGGGGGAGGAUAACUGGUUGGAGCAUCCUUGAUCACACCUGAUAUAUCCAAGGACCUGCGCUAACAUGCGCUGGCAUUUCAGUGUACAUUCCUACUCAGCUGGGAACGUGGAUGUUGGGUGCCCAUGUUUCUUGACAGGAUGGUGCAGUGUUCGAGGAGGAUCCUCAUGGUUGUGACUUCUUUUUUUUUUAUAACUCAGCAGUUCAGAGGCAAUCAUAUACUGAAAUCUCCAGGUGAGAAAUGGUAGAUUUGGACCUUGCUGACUGAUCUUGUGUUGAAAGAAUUAUGACUUUGGCAUCUAUUUUAAAAAUGUUUGACAUCAUGUGUAAAUCCAGAUAACUUUAUAAUAUUGUAGUGGUUAAUUUUCUACAUGCACAAUCUAUAGAAUGAUACAUCAAAAUGGUCUAUAGUACAAUCUGAGGGCUCCAUGCUUUCCAGUUGAGUCUCACUCCUCCACUAUCAACGCUGCAAUUGAGUGGAUUCAUAUUUUGCAGCAGCACAGCUUUUCAUCCACACCUUCCAGUAGAUUUGCGUGUACUGCACCUUUACCUUGGAGAAACUAGAGCUAUUGUUUCUUGAGAGAGUUAACCAUUAAGGUGCAAAGAAUAUUUGUAGUACAGUUUUCUACCUUAUUUUUUAAACUCACAAAAUAAGGUUUGUAUUGUAAAUUCUGAGUCCGUUAUUACUUGGGUUGAUCUAUGUAAAACCAUUGCUGCAAAAAAGCGUAGCAGAGUUUUGUUGACCUGUAUUGUGAUUUAUCCAUGACAUUAGGUUAUGUAAUGUAUAUAGAGUAGAUGAGACCUCUAUGUAACGCCUUAUGCAAAGGACUGCACCUAUUACAGCUCUGUCCUUUAACACAUUGCAGGGUGUGGUGGGUUUGUGGAGAGACUACUGUAUGUAAUUGGAACCCCACUGCUUACAAGAUUAUUAGUUACAGACGUGCUCAAAUUUGUUGGUACCCCUCCACAAAAAACAAAGAAUGCACAAUUUUCUCUGAAAUAACUUGAAACUGACAAAAGUAAUUGGCAUCCACCAUUGUUUAUUCCAUAUUUAAUAGAAAUCAGAUUUUGCUUUUGAUUUUUUAUUCAACAUAAUAUUGUAAAUAAUAAAACAAAUGAAAAUGGCAUGGACAAAAAUGAUGGGACCGCUAACCUAAUAUUUUGUUGCACAACCUUUAGAGGCAAUCACUGCAAUCAAACAUUUUCUGUAGCUCUCAAUGAGACUUCUGCACCUGUUAACAGGUAGUUUGGCCCACUCUUCCUGAGCAAACUGCUCCAGCUGUCUCAGGUUUGAUGGGUGCCUUCUCCAGACUGCAAGUUUCAGCUCUUUCCAUAGAUGUUCGAUAGGAUUCAGAUCAGGACUCCUAGAAGGCCACUUCAGAAUAGUCCAGUGUUUUGUUCUUAUCCAUUCUUGGGUGCUUUUAGCUGUGUGUUUUGGGUCAUUAUCCUGUUGGAGGACCCAUGACCUGCGACUGAGACAGAGCUUUCUGACACUGGGCAGUACGUUUCGCUCCAGAAUGCCUUGAUAGUCUUGAGAUUUCAUUGUGCCCUGCACAGAUUCAAGGCACCCUGUGCCAGGCGCAGCAAAGCAGCCCCAAAACAUAACCAAGCCUCCUCCAUGUUUCACUGUAGGUAUGUUGUUCUUUUCUUUGAAAGCUUCAUUUUUUCGUCUGUGAACAUAGAGCUGAUGUGACUUGCCAAAAAGCUCCAGUUUUGACGCAUCUGUCCAAAGGACAUUCUCCUAGAAGGAUUGUGGCUUGUCAAUAUGCAUUUUAGCAAAUUCCAGUCUGACUUUUUUGUGUUUCUUUCAAAACUGGAGUCCUCCUGGGUCUUCUUCCAUGGAGCCCACUUUCGCUCAAAAAGUGACGGAUGGUGCGAUCAGAAACUGCCGUCCCUUCACCUUGGAGUUCAGCUUGUAUCUCUUUGGCAGUUAUCCUUGGUUCUUUUUCUACCAUUCGCACUAUCCUUCUGUUCAAUCUGGGGUCGAUUUUCCUCUUGCGGCCGCGCCCAGGGAGGUUGGCUACAGUUCCAUGGACCUUAAACUUCUUAAUAAUAUUUGCAACUGUUGUCACAGGAACAUCAAGCUGCUUGGAGAUGGUCUUGUAGCCUUUACCUUUACCAUGCUUGUCUAUUAUUUUCUUUCUGAUCUCCUCAGACAACUCUCUCCUUUGCUUUCUCUGGUCCAUGUUCAGGGUAGUGCACACAAUGAUACCAAACAGCACAGUGACUACUUUUCUCCAUUUAAAUAGGCUGAAUGACUGAUUACAAGAUUGGAGACAUGUGUGAUACUAAUUAAAGAAACUAAUUAGUUUGAAAUAUCACUAUAAUCCAAUUAUUUAUUAUCUUUUCUAAGGGGUACCAACAGAUGUGUCCAGGCCAUUUUAGAGUAUCUUUGUAGAAUAAGCAAUGAUUCAUCUCUUUUCACAGCUUCUUUGCUUUAUUCUAUGACAUACCAACGGCAUGCAAAUAUACAUGAUAAAAUAGCUUUUCAUUUCAUCACUUUUCAGGAGGAAUGAAGCAUUAUUUCAAUGAGCUGUAAGGGUACCAACAAAUUUGAGCACGUCUGUAUUUGAAAGAUCAUUGGUCUUGUGUCUCAAAAUGAACACUUAAUGCAGAGAGUCUACGAAUCAUACAUGAUGGUCAAAAAACUGAAGCUAUGUAAGAAAAACUGCAAAAACUGAACAAAGAGAGAGUACUUGAGGACUGUAAAAUACCUUACAUAACAGAAUGAAGUUUAAUAGUUAAUGCCACAAGCACAGGUGCUAUGCUGCUUGUUACUAGACAUGUGCCUUGUGUGAUUUUAUUUCACAAUCGAAACAAUAGGAUUACUCAGUGUAGCACGCUGUAUUCUACUUAAGAUGUUUAACUAUUAUUGCAGUACCCAAAAAUAUCGUGUGGGGUAAAAGAGUACACCAUAUCAUAGCUUCCCGUAGAGGUGCUGCAUUUAGAGAAUCCAGAUAACUUUGUUUUUUAACCAAAUGAACAUCAUGAAAAACAUUAUUCAGCCAAUUACCAACAACAUUGUAGGUUGAGAAUUAAAUUUGACAAACUGACAGAACAAGUUCAUUUUCAGCCCAAUAUAUUUGCAAUCAAAAAACCAAAGAUGCGUGGAAACUGAAUGUUUAAUAUAAAGCAUUUUGAUCAAAGUGCGACUAUUGAGAAUUGUAACAGGUAUAUCGGAUUUUAAAAGACAAAUACAAAUGUGUAUCAAAGCAGUUUAAGAUUUACAACAGAAAUGUAAAAUAUAUUCUGACAAUCAGUUCAUUGUGUUUUUUAAACUUACAUUUGCAUUAACAGAAGUUGGCACAUAACAAGUUAAUUUGUUUUGCAUCGUGUUAACUGACAUAAACAGCAAAGCACACUUGCCAUACUUAAUACCAUUGUAAUAAAUAGCAUAUUUUUAUUUAAAAAAA